AAGUGUGUCCCAUCUGACUCGCUUCGCUAGCGACUCCUGAUAUCCAUGAAAGCACAUUUUGUGAGCGGGAAUUCGUAUAACCAUCCCGAUUAGCCAGCGCCAGCAAAUGCUCAGAAGGACGCUCAAGGAAGAAAGGAAGGGCGGAGAAUGCAGAAAGCUACGGAGAAAGCUAGCCAUCGUACGGUGUUCAUUUCAGUAUUCGUGGAUAAUCUCCGCGUGGGGAAGAGAUCGAAGAAGCCAACUCGCUCAACAUUUCAAAAGCAGCGCCCGAUGAGGCUAAGUGAAAAGGGAAUGAGCUCUCGCUCCACGAACAACAAUUCGAUUCCCGAAAUAGCGGAAGAUUGCAAUAAACAGCGACAACGGCCAGCGGGUGGGGUUUCGGCAUGCUGCGUGGUUGUGCCGUACGGAGAUUUCUUGUUUGAUUUCGAUUUUGCUUUGACGCCUGGCGGGAACAAUGGUCGAAACUACAUUCAGCGCGUGACCCUCGCGUCGGGUUCGUGUGUUCGGCCGCUUGUACGUUUCGAGAAAGCAUAAUUAUCGAAAGGAAGACCAAAAAUGUCAACGACCCGCGUUUACGGAAUUCUCCCAUGUGUUGGUGGUAUAAUACGACCAUGCUGUGUCACUCGUCCGCGUCGAUAAUCCAUACCCAGUUCCUUCACGCUCGAUCGGAUAGGCUUCUUUGUUGACAGCUAGGCGUCCCAUUGUUAAAUCCCUCCUUCUCGCGAGCCCA